AUGGUUUUCGUUUCAGAUUUACCAUGGUUAAAAUAACAAUCAAGAAGGCAGAUAUUGCUGAGAACAAGGAGGAGGAGGGAGAGGAGGAGGACGAGGAGGUGGAGGAUGAGGAGGAGGAGAGUGUAGAUGAGGAGAACCAGGAUGAGGAAACUGGAUCAGGAUCAGAAGAGGAUGAAACCGCCAAGAAGUUUUCAUGCACACACUGUGACUACUCUACGGAUGCAGAAGAAAACCUCAAGACCCAUGAAGAGCUGGCACAUAGAGACGGAAGAUACUAUUGCAAGGAAUGUGAUUUUAGUUGUAAACGAAGAGAAGUUCUCAGGAAGCACCAGGAAACACAUACUAAACUGGAGAAAAGUUCCCGAAGUUCCAGUAAAACCUCUAAAUCUGGUUCUCCAAUACCUCCAACCGUCAGGCCUACCAGAAAGCAGUUGUACACAUGUGACCUCUGCCACAAAGCUUUUCACAGCAGAUUCGUGAUUAAAACUCAUCUUAAGGCGCAUGAUAAAUUUGAAGAAAGUGAUGGAAACUGUGACAAGUAUUACCUCUACUACUAUUAUUCAAUUUGUAUUUCAGAAAAGAAAAUGGAUAUAUCAGAAUAUGUCGAGAAUAAUUCUAAUAAUCUUCAGUUAUUCUCCGAAAUCCCUGAGAUUUGUACUACGGAGCCGUGUGUGCUAGGAGUAGAUGAAGCAGGAAGAGGACCUGUUCUAGGACCUAUGGCAUUAACAGAAGCUCAGAGGGAUCAGCUGCUAGAGAAGGUUUUGGUGAACAACAGCUAUAUAGGCUGGGCCAUCACUAUGCUUUCUCCUAAGUACAUAUCUACGAGCAUGUACAGACGUGGGAAGUAUAAUCUCAACACAAUGUCCCACGAUACCGCCAUCAGCCUUAUACAAGCUGCUAUAGACAAGGGGGUUAAGGUGAGUGAGGUGUAUGUGGAUACUGUUGGACCCCCAGAAAAAUACCAGGCCAAGCUUGAGGGUAUUUUCCCCGGUAUAAAGAUGACAGUUGCUAAGAAAGCUGAUUCUCUUUAUCCUUGUGUUUCAGCUGCCAGUAUAUGUGCCAAGGUUGCUCGUGAUCGUGCUCUUUCCGAGUGGAAAUUCACUGAAGGGUCUGACUUGAAAGGACCUUGGGGAUCAGGUUAUCCUGGAGACCCAGUUACAAAAAAGUUUCUUCAAGAGAGCUUUCAUCCGGUCUUUGGGUUCCCUGGUUUAGUUAGGUUUAGUUGGAAAACUGCGGAGAAGAUAAUUGAUGAGAAGGGUGUAAAGGUUGAAUGGGAAGAGGUAGAACCCGAGGAAGACGACGCUACCUUGAGGAACCCCAGCGUAUCCCAGUACUUUGUUAAAGUAGGGAAACCUACCAAGGGGAAACCUUCAAGGAUUCAUCCUUAUUUCAAGGAGAGAUGUCUAGCACCUUUAACCACCCUGUAAAGAGGGCUUACUAUUAAUUAGCUUUGCCCCCCCCGUAAUCUUCCUUGCAUUGCCCCCCUUCAAAGGCCAUCAUCAAGAUAUUUUGAGAAUUUAUCCCAUAAGUCAAGUACCUGAAAACAUACGCUUUGCCCUAAAAUAAAUAAUUUUUAUUGUGUAAACUGUGAUCGAUUUAUUUUUAUCUGAAUUAAAGACAAUUUCAAUGAAACAUGGAUGAUUUUCAAUUAUAGUAAGAAAUAAAUCUCUCUAAUUAUG